ACCCACACCACUCAACUAAACUCACAUCUCAACCCACAAACCAUCGCCAUCAUGCACAUCUCCAAACCCCAAUCCGCCCUCCUCACCAACCACGAAGUCCUCCUGCACCUUCUAGCCGAAGAUGCCGAAUACACGGGCACCGACUCUACAUCGCGGGAGCGCAAGAAGCCCUCUGGUCUGAACCACAUGCUACGCGAUGGUCUCACGUACCUCCAAAACUCCGCCUUCACCACCACCAGCUCGCCCGUGGAAAAACAUCCAAACAGGCCUCUGACGCUGUACCGGGGCCCGCACAGCUUGUUCCGCGCGCUUGCGCCAAAGUACCGCUUGAAUAAGGCAGAGUAUUUGCAGUUGUAUAAUCUGAGGCCUAGUACGCAGGUUAUGCUUGAACUAAUUAUUGAGGAGGCAGGAGCGCGGUUCAAGGAAGAGGACUUGCUUGAUAUUCUGGCUAUCAUUCAACAGGUGUUCGAAGAGGAAGAGGCGAACAUCCCGCCUGGAGUUGAGGAUAUGGAGAUGCCCAAGAUAGCUAACAAGCUUCUGGGUGCAAGCAAGAAGCGGAGGAAGAUCAAGAGGCGUGUGGACAAGGCUUGAGGUCGUCAUGUGAACAGGUUGAGAUGGGGAAGAUCUGGUUGAAAUCAUUAAUGACAAGGAAAACACUGGCUACGAAGAUGAGGAUAGUCAUGUAGGAGGCUGUGGUCAAGCGCAGUGAAGCAUCACAUAGCAAACGAGAUCAACACCAAACUUUUAUGAACAUGUAAUUGUAUGCUACCAAGUGGCGGGUAUCCAUCCACAUCCACAGCGUCCCCAUCAUGCAACGUAAAAUGGACUUGCAAAGGUAAAAUUACACAGAAAUGCCCAUUGCCUCAUACGCCGCUCGCCCAAACAAAGCAAGCUCAAACCCAGAAAACGCCGGUGCCCAUUUUGGUCAGAACAUGGCUACAGAUAAAGUUGCAGCGUCAACAUUGUCCCAAAAGCGGGGUACUGCGCAUCUAGUCCUUGCUCUUCUUCUUCUUCUUUUUCUUCUCUCCAUCGUCACCUCCGUCAGCUUUCCGCUUCUUGCUUUCCUUGGUGUCAGACUUCUUUGACUCCUUUGCCGCCUUUUUUGCCUUCUUAGCCUCGCGCUUGGCUUCACGCUCUGCUUUCCGUGCCUUUUUAGCAGCCUUUUCAGCCUCCUUAGCAGCCUUCUUGGGGUCGACCUUUGCGGUUUUCUUCUCCUCUUCUGAGUCUGAGUCGGACUCGUCAGCACCGGCGUCAGCAUCGGCCAUUGACUCGUCUCCGUCACUGUCGACUUCUUG